AUGUCAGAGUCCAGCACUACCAAGACCGACAGACGAAUAUUCGUGAGUAUGGUAUGGCUUCGCCGAAGUGGUCGCAUGAGGAUUCGAUUGCGUGACCCUCGCGCCAAGAAGCCGGGCCUUGUCUUCCUUGUCGGAUAUUCUCAAAUCGAGGAUGCCCUUGAGAAGGUCGCCAAAGACUACAUCGUCGAGACCAAGGGCGUUGUCACUACAGUAGUCUGCUUCGAUAUCAAGGGUCACCAGCGCCCUUCAUCCGUGUCCCUUUGGCUCGCGAAACAGAAUCCCGAAUCGGAGACUGUUGAAGCAGUUUGCGCCAUGGAACCAGCGAUGUUUCAAGAUGCUGACGGUGACCAUGUCUUCAAUGACAAGUCUCUCAAACUCCGACUCUCCGACAUCCUGAUGGAGACGGAUUCGGACGAGUGCCCGCUCCCAUGGCUUCCCUUCCAUCAGCUCAGCUUCUAUCUCCAAAUGGCUAAGGCUUAG